CUCAAUUCGGUCGGUGGUGAUGGCGCUUCCGUUCGCCGCAGGUGCCCUGUACUGGAAGAAGGCGGGCGACACAGAAUGGGUGCUUGGCCGCCUCGCUGACGUGAAUGCCGACAAGUCUGUUGCGUUGUUUGAGUUCGUGGACGAGGAUUCUGGCGACGUCUUGCCGAAUGAACCGGACACCGUCCAUCUUUCUACCGAGUCGCUCGUCCCGGCGAAUCCCUUGUUUACGACGUACCCUGACAUGACGUCGUUGCGACACAUGAAUGAACCGUCGCUAGUGAAGAACGUGUUUGAUCGAUGGAACCAGAACGACUGCCAACCGUACACUCGCGUGUCCAACAUCCUCAUUGCCGUCAAUCCAUUGCGUCGCUUGCCUGUAGUCGAUAAGCUCCCGUUCGUGCAUCAAUCCCUCGACAAGAGUCCCCCGCAUCCUUUCCACAUUGCCGAAAACGCUUACCGUCAAAUGCGGUCCGUGAAGCAAAACCAAUCCAUUGUGAUCAGCGGAGAAAGCGGAUCCGGCAAGACAGAAACGUCCAAGAUCAUCUUGAACUAUUUGACGGACCGCUCCACGAUCGCCAGCUCCGACGUCUACCCCACGGCUCCUGGAUUCCAAUCGAACCAAGACGAAAUGAGCCAAAUCAGCAUGGCGAAUACGGUCAACAACCAAGACGCCGAGCGAGAGCACGCUCUGGGCGACCGCCUUAUGGAAACGAUCCCAAUUUUGGAAUCCUUUGGGAACGCCAAAACCCACCGCAACCACAACUCAAGUCGAUUUGGCAAGUACAUGCGUCUGCAAUUCACCAAGAUGCCGUCCGGCACGGACUUGCAUCUCUCCGGCGCGUCCAUCGAUACAUACUUGCUCGAAACAUCGCGAUUGGUCCAAACACCAGCGGGCGAGCGUAACUUUCACGUGUUUUACGAACUCCUACAAUCCGGCGACGCCAAAUACUUGAACGAACUCAAGUUAGUCCCAAACCCGUACUUGCCAGCCCCAGAAAAGUCCUCGAAGGGCGAACUGACCAUCGACGACUGUAUUGCCCAAUACAACUACUUGAACCGGUCAGCAUGCUGGACGAGCGAGUUUGUCCAAGACAAGGCGAAUUUUCAAAAACUCGUUGACGCGCUGGAGUACGUCAAUAUCGAUUCGGACGAACUUUUCCGUGUCGUGUCGGGGUUGUUGCACUUGGGCAACUUGACGUUCGACGAAGAGGACACUCAAGAAGGCACGACGGCGACUUUGAACCAGCACGAUCCUGCGCAGACUGGUCCCCUCGACGUCGCGGCAGAGUUGCUUGGGCUUGAUCCCGACACGUUGAUGGAUGCAAUUCUAAAGAAAAAGAUCAGUCGCAUGGCCAACGAAGUCGUAGGUGAUUCUGGUGGUGGACGUCCUAGUUUGCAGCGUGCAGCGUCUGUCUUUUUUUUGAAGAAGGACACACGUCAAGCCAGCUAUUCCCGCGACACGAUUGCCAAGACGAUCUACGACCAGGUCUUUGGGUUCCUUAUGAUGCAGUGCGCGAACGCGCUCGAGUUCAACGUGGAAAAGAAGGACGAGCUGCCGUAUAUUGGAGUGCUUGACAUUUUCGGGUUUGAGGAUUUUGAGCCGAACAACCGCAACUCGCUCGAACAGUUAAUGAUCAACUACGCGAACGAGACGCUCCAAAACAUGUUCAACCAGUGCAUUCUCAAGAACGAGUUCGAGCUGUACCAUUUGGAAAACAUUUUUGCCCCCCAAAACGCGGCCCUCCGAUUCCCGAUCUUCCCACCUGCGAUGAACGACCACUCGAACGAUUCAGCGAUCAAGUCCAAGCACCUGGUCGUGCAAUAUGACGACAACAAAGAUUGUCUGAACCUUAUUGCGGCCAAGAACGAAGGCAUGUUCUCUAUUAUCGAUACGGUCGGGAAGCUUGCUGGGCCGUCCGAUCGAAAGCUCAACGAAACGUUCCGCAAGCUGUUUUCACAACACCCUUGCUUCAUUGAACCCCACCCCCGCGACGCCAAGCACACCUUUAUCAUCAAGCACUUUGCAGGCACUGUGCGCUACAACAUCACGUCAUUUCUGGAUAAGAACAACAACGUGGCGUCGACUCAAUUCGACGAACUGAUGCAGAGCUCGUCACUGAAAAUUCUCAAAACCCCGUUGAAUCGCCCCGUCGAUGCGUCCAACAACCGCCGUCGUGGAGUUGGGCCCGCGAACAAGCCUGCAGGCAGCGUGACCCAAAUCUUCUCCCAGCAGAUGAAGGGUUUGGCAGUGGAAUUGGAGUCGACGCGGAGCAACUUCAUUCGGUGCAUCAAGCCGAACGCCACAAUGGACCCCAAAAUCUUCAACCGCCCGAGUGUUGUCCAGCAACUACGCUGCUCCGGGACCGUCCAAGCUUGCCAAGUGCUCCAAGUUGGACUUCCCACGCGCGUUUCGUACGAAGAACUGAUUGACACGUACAUUCAUCUCCUCGGGAUGGACUUUAUGGUACAAUUCCACGACAACGGACGUCUCUUUGCGCGUGCCCUGUGCUACGUGUUGGAAUUUCCCACUGACGACUAUCGGUUGGGUGACACGAAGCUCUUCUUCAAGACGGGAAAGAUUCACUUGCUUGACACCGUCCUGAACGUGACGCCCAAGUUGGACACCGAGGAAUUGGAGACACGCUUGCUGCAGUACACUGUCAAGCGUCGGUGGAUCACGGCAGUCACCAAAGUCGUCGUCCAGCGCCUGUUUGAAAAGAUUUUCCUCCGCGUCCAGCUAGCUCGUCGCGCGUUGGUGCUGCAGUGCUGGUUUCGCCAAAUCCUUGCGACCAAGCUGGUCAAGAAAAUGCGAACCCAAAUUCGAGUGUCUAAAGCGUGGAAUGCGCUGUGCUCGAAAGUGUGGGUCCAGCAUGCGUUCGAAAACAGCGUCGACGACAAAUUGGUGUUCCUUCAGACAUUGCUGCGACAAAAGGACAUGCCGUCCAAGAAAAAAUGGCUUCUCACGUGGCUGGGACCACUUGAACGCAGCAUGUACGUGAAAAAACUUGGCAAGGCAGCGUGCAUGUCGUACUUGGCCAAGAGAGCUUUCCUGUCGUUGCUCGAGAAGGUUCGCGAGAAACGGGCAUGUGUCAAAAUUCAAUCCCACAUGCGCCGCGUACUGGCCACGAAAGAGUAUUUGGCGUUGCGCCAACAUCAGAAAACGACCGAGCGAUGGAAUUUGAUUCGGAAUUGGGUCAAAGGGCGUUUUUGCUUUUUGUCUCUGUUCCGCAAGGCACACGUGGCCCGAUUGGAGCGCGAUAACAUCUCUUUGCGCAGUGACAUUGACCGUGAGAAGGCUAAAAAUGCUGCGCUGGCCAUCGAAUUGUCCACUUCAAAAGACUUGACCUCGUCUCUGCAAAACCAGUGUUUCCAACUUGAGUCGGAGCUGGCUGAGUGCAAGGCCAACAUUGCCCAAUUAGCAGCACAAGAAGUACAAUCGUCUCUAAAGUAUCAAAUGACACAGGAACUUGUGGACCUCGAGGUGGCGAAGAAUUCGGAUCUGGAAGAGGCAAAUGCAAAACUACACACGACGAACACCACCUUGGUGGUCUCGCUGAAGAAGACCGAGAGCGACCUUGAGGAUUCAUGUGGCCGAGAAAAAGCGCUGAAGCAAGUGCUCCAAGACAAACACGACCAACUCAACUUACUAUUAGCUCAAGUGGACUGCUUGCAGAGCCAGUUUGCCGCGGCCACGUCCGAAAAUGACGCCUUGAAAGUCUCGCUGGAGAAGACCGAGAGCGACCUUGAGGAUGCAUGUGGCCGAGAAAAAGCGCUGAAGCAAGAGCUCCAGAACAAACACGACCAACUAAACGAACUAUUGGCUCAAGUGGACAGCUUGCAGAGCCAGUUUGCCGCGGCCACGUUCGAAAAUGACGUCUUGAAAGCAUGGGUGCAAAAAUACAGUCAACUGGAAGCCGUCAACUCAAAUCUAGCGCGCGAAUCCGAAAGGCGCGCCUCAGCUACUGCAGAUGCCAAUGCAAAGAACGAAGAGCUCGAGCAUGUGAUCACGCAAGGCAACCUCCAAAUCUGCGACUUAACAAACCAGAUUCAUUCGUUGCAAGCGAAGCUCGACGAAACGUCCAAUGAUCUUGCGACGGCAAAUACACAAAUUCUGGUCCUGGAAUCUGCGAAACUGUUAACUCAAGGGCAAUUGGCGUCGAUGGCGGAAGAACUGGAAGCAUCCACGAUCGCGGUUCGCCAAAAAAGCGAUAGCGUCGAUGCGUUAGAAGCAACGGUCGAAGCCCUGCGCGGUCAAUUGAAGGAAGCCCAAGUGCAAGACAAGUUGCUCAAGGACAAAUUGUUUACCCUCCGCGCUGAAAAGUCAAAGCAACCUGCCCCUGUCGACAUGGCACACAUUGAACUCACGACGAAGCUGGCCCAUAGAGAGAGUCAAAUUGCCCUCCUGACUGCUCAAUUGCAGCAGAUGCAGUCCGCGGCGAAAGACGAAGCGAAGGCUGCGUCGGACCUUGCGGCCCUUGAAGGUACCAUUGCGAAACGCGACUCCAAGAUCGAGACGCUCAAGGCUCUCCUAAAGCAAUGCCAAGUGAAGAAGGAGAAGCUGCUCCACGAAGCCAAGUCUUCUCAAGGCCUGCUGGACAAGGUUAUCAAAGAGCAUGAAGAACGUCAACAGCGUGCUGCGAAUGAAUACGAGGCCAAAAUCGCAGAGCUGGCGGGCGAACUGGCUGCGCUAAAAGAGCAGGGUGUUGUCGGAGAGGAGGAACGACCUGUCUACGUCGAUGUGCACGUCAAGUCGAAUGUCUCUGACCUUCACGAGUGCGAGGAGUCAGAUGUCGAGCCGAGGGAGUCGCCAUCGUACGCGUUCUUCGAGACCAAGACGACUGCGUCACUAGCAGUCGUCCUGACAGCUGUAGUCGUUCGGGAGUUUGUCAAAGCGCGGUUUGGUUAA